AUGGCGCCCAAAAGCUCGUCUACCAGCAAGAAAAAGUCGUCUUCGACCAAGGACGAUGGCGAGGUGAAAGAAAAGCCCGUCAAGAUCCCCGAUCUGUUUAUCGUGCGUCCCCAGGGAGAGACCCAAGCCGCCGUGACGCACAACAAGAACAUCUACAAGGUUGGAUUGCAUCCAAAGAUUCUCGAGGCUCUGGGUCUCAAUAACAACGAGUUUGUGUCUGUGUACCGUGAGGGUGAUCGGGGAGUAGGAGGAACCGUUUGCGCCAUCCCCGAGGCUGUGGAGGACCCCGAUCUUGUCGACAUCAACGUGGUUACCGUGAGUGCAGGACUCAAGGACGCAGGAGCUCUCCUGUUUGGAGAUCGAGUCAAAGUGGAGAGAUAUAAGACCAAGAUGGACAUGGCGAGUUUGGUCAGUGUGCGGAUAAACACACCCAAUUCCCCUGAACAGGCUGUUAUUGAUGCUACAACUACCGAUCUCAAGAAGCUGGCCAUGGUGUCUCCAGGACUCAGUAUGGAGGUGAAGAUCGAGUCUGGCGAGUACGUGAACGUCACAGUGACAGACGUUGGCGACACAGAUCUUGGAUCCUUAUCACUGGAACAAUCUGAGCUCAAGAACCACGUUUCAUAUUGGUCUCCCUUGUUUCUGCUAGAAGAUACACAAGUGGUUGUGUCAACUCGAAACUGCUGGGAGCUACCCAAAACUACUACUUACAAGUCCAUCGGCGGCCUGGAUCAACACAUUGUGGAGCUUAAAUCUACCAUCGAGCUUCCUCUGCAUCAUCCCUCUCUGUUUUCGAGGUUUGGCAUCUCGCCACCUCGAGGAGUGCUUCUUCAUGGACCCCCUGGAACCGGAAAAACUAUGCUGCUGCGUGCUGUUGCUCAGGAAUCAAAUGCACACGUACUCACAAUCAACGGGCCAUCCAUUGUAUCCAAAUACCUGGGCGAGACCGAGUCGUCCUUACGAGCCAUCUUCGAAGAGGCUCGAAAGUACCAGCCAGCUAUUGUUUUCAUUGACGAGAUUGAUGCUCUGGUACCUCGACGAGACGGAGACGAGUCUGGACAAGCCGAGUCUCGAGUUGUCGCUACUCUACUCACUCUGAUGGACGGUAUGUCUCAGUCUGCUUCUGCCAAGAUUGUAGUUGUGGGCUCCACUAACCGACCCAACGCCAUUGAUCCUGCUCUGCGACGAGCUGGCCGGUUUGACAGAGAAGUCGAAAUUGGCAUUCCCAACGCUGAGGCCCGACUGAGCAUUUUGAGCAUCCAAAUGGCUGAUAUGCCUCACAAUAUGUCCGAAGAAGACAUCCAGUACAUUUCUAGCAUUACUCACGGCUAUGUCGGAGCCGAUCUGAGCGCUCUGUGUCGAGAAGGAGUCAUGAACGCCAUCAACCGAGGUCUGGAGGAGCAUGGCAGUGCUUUGAACGCUGUCAACUCCGGUCUGGAAGUCACCAUGCCUGACCUUGAACGAGCUCUGCUGGAUGUCAGACCAUCUGCCAUGCGAGAAAUCUUCCUCGAGAAGCCCUCCACCACCUGGAGUGACAUUGGAGGCCAGUCUGGAGUCAAGGAGAAGCUCAAGCAGAUGGUCGAGUGGCCUCUUACCAAGGCUGAUACUAUGAAAAACCUCGGAAUCACACCCCCUAGAGGUGUUCUUCUGUACGGACCCCCGGGAUGUUCCAAGACUCUCAUUGCCAAGGCCCUGGCCAACGAGUCUGGUCUCAACUUCCUGUCUGUCAAGGGCCCCGAGCUCUUCAACAAAUAUGUUGGAGAGAGUGAACGUGCCGUGCGUGAGAUUUUCCGAAAGGCUCGUGCUGCUGCCCCUUCCAUCAUCUUCUUCGAUGAAAUUGAUGCUCUUAGUACUGCUAGAGGACAUUCUGAGGCAGGCGCUGGAGGAGAACGAGUGCUCACGUCUCUGCUUACAGAAAUGGACGGUAUCGAGUCUCUCAACGGAGUCAUGGUUCUGGCUGCUACUAACCGACCUGACGUUAUUGACUCUGCUCUCAUGCGUCCUGGUCGUCUGUCCAGAUUGCUGUACGUUGGACCUCCUGACGAGCAUGCCCGCCAGCAGAUUCUCAAGAUCCGAACCAAGAACAUGUGCCUGGGCUCCGAGGUGGACCUAGAAGAGAUCGCCAAGACAACUGAGGGCAUGACCGGUGCCGAAAUUGUUGCUCUCUGUGAAGAGGCUGGUCUGUACGCAAUGUCUCAGGACGAAGAUGCCAAGGAGGUGACCAAGAAGGACUUUGAUCAUGUUCUCAAGGGAGCUCGAAGAGGAGUGACCGAGGAGAUGCUCAAGUAUUUUGUUGACUGGGCUGAGGGUAAUUCUCCUGCUUAA